CUCAGUGUCAGUCGACGUGAUAUAAGAACGGCCUCCUCGCGGCUCGCGCUGGCUUCAGCCGGUCUCAUCACUCCCUUCUGUUUCUCCAGGUUCUGCAGCAACCGAGAAAUACUACUACCAUGAUCCUCCGUCGUCUCCUAGGGCUGGCCUUGGCCGCCGCCCCUCUCGCCUCCGCCGUUGAGCUCACCGGCUAUGAAUACAUCGUCGUUGGCUCCGGUGCCGGUGGCGGUCCCCUCGCCGCCCGCUUGGCCAUGGCCGGCCACAAGACCCUCCUGAUCGAGGCCGGCGACGACCAGGGCAACAACGUCAACGUCACAGUCCCGGCCUACAACGCCCGGUCUACCGAGGACGAGAAGAUGUCCUGGGACUUUUACGUCCGCCACUACCCCGACGACGACCGUCAGGCUCGUGACUGGAAGACCAGCUACCGGCUACCGGACGGCAGCAUCUACACUGGCUUGUCCCCGCCCGAGGGCGCCGAGAUGCUCGGCACACUCUAUCCCCGCGCCGGCGUCCUCGGCGGUUGCACCGCCCACAACGCCCUGAUCGCCGUCUACCCCCACCAGUCCGACUUCCAGUACCUCGCCGACCUGACCGGCGACCAAGGCUGGUCGCCCGAGAACAUGCGCAAGCACUUCGUCUCCAUGGAGGACAAGAACUACGUCAACGGUCUCUACUCCGGCCACGGCCGGGACGGCUGGCUCUCCACCGAAGUUACCCCCUUAACCAUCCCGCUCAAGGACCCGCAACUUUUGUCUUUAACCCUCGGCGGCGCCUUCGCCCUCGGCAACAUCACCCAAUCGCCCAUCAACCUCGCCACCGUCCUAGCGGCUGACCUCAACGCCGACACCCUCGCCCGCGACAAGACGCCGGCCUACUACGAGGUUCCCAUCAGCAGCAGGAACGGCGCCCGCUCCGGCAGUCGUGACUUCGUCGUCGCCGUGCGCGACGCCCGCAACCCCGACGGCAGCAAGAAGUACCCGCUCGACGUGCGCCUGAACUGCCACGUCACCAAGAUCACCUUCAACACCACUUCUGGGUCUGAACCAGUAGCCACAGGCGUCGAAUUCCUCGACGGCGCGCACCUCUACCGCGCUUCUCCCCUUUCUCCCAACCGCGCCUCCCAAAUCCGCCCCAACGGCACGCCCGGCUCCGCCAAGGCCUCACGCGAAGUCAUCAUCUCCGGCGGCACCUACAACUCGCCUCAGAUCCUCAAGCUCUCCGGCAUCGGCCCCCGCGUCGAGUUAUCCCGCUUCGGCAUCCCCGUUUUGGUGGAUCUGCCCGGUGUCGGCGGCAACUUACAAGACCACUACGAAAUCGGCGUCAACGUCAAGGUCCCGAAUAACUGGGCUGCGCUCAAGGGUUGCACAUUCCAGCUGUACGGCAACACGUCCGAUCCGUGCUUGGAUCGGUGGUUGAACCCUAAUGUGCUGGGCGAUCGCGGGACUUAUGCCUCCUCCGGUCUAGCAGUUGCCAUGUUGUAUAAGUCGAGCGUGACGACAGACGAUAGCUACGACGUGUUUACUUUUGGCGGACCGGUGAAUUUUGCCGGUUAUUACCCCGGUUAUAGCGUGGAUAUCACGGCUGAGCACGACUGGUGGACGUGGGCUGUGCUGAAGGCGCAUCCGCGCAACAGGGCUGGUAGCGUCACGCUUAGGUCGUCCGACCCGUUGGACACGCCGAGUAUUGUCUACAACUACUUUGAUUUCGGGUCGGGCGAUUACCAGGCCGAUUUGACGGCGAUGCGCGAAGCGAUCGGCUUGGCCCGCGACGCGCUGAAGAGGCAGGCCGUUAGGACGCAGGAGGUCAGGCCCGGCGCGGAUAAGCAGAGCGAUGGGGAGAUUGAGCAGUAUAUCAAGGAUGGAGCGUGGGGUCAUCAUGCAAGUUCCACGUGCCCGAUUGGGCCCGAUGGGGAUCCGAUGGCGGUGUUGGAUAGUAAGUUUAGGGUGAGGGGAGUCAAGGGACUGAGGGUCGUGGAUGCGAGUGUGUAUCCGAGGAUUCCGGGGACGUUUACGGCGGUUAGUACGUACUUGGCGGCGGAGAAGGCGGCGUUUGAUAUUUUGGAGGGGUUGAAGAAGAACUGAUGACUUGACUUGGAGUUUGGGGUGGUGGUUACUGGGCUUAGGGAGGGAUUAGCAUGCGUUUGCAAUCAUGGUAUAAUCACUUGAACUUCUUUAUGAGAACU